GAUGAACCAUGUGCGGAUUGCUUUUGCGGGCGGGGACGAUAGGUGGUUAGCUCAUGCUUCCUUUUCCUAAUUUUGAAACCCAUCUGAGUCAGCAUCGCCGGCUUUGGAUUUCGUGGUGUUUUAUAAGCACAUUGGGCGGAGAAGUCGUUGGGUGCAUCAUUUUGCCAUGUGCCCCGAGUUUUGGGGAGAAUACCAUUUUGUCUGGAAAUUCGAGCCAAGUGGUCGAUUUCUGGGGCAGCAGGAGUAGGAAAGCUCCAUUAUAUACAUUUAUAGCAGUGGAGAAGAAGUUUUGGGGAUGGGAUGUUCAGAGAGGCAUCAUGUUGAUGCUUUGUGGUCUUGCGACAUUUGGAAUUCGAAGAGGACAAGGUGAUGUGCCCAAGCGAUCAGAGAAAUAGCUUCUCAGGUUAUUCUAAUGUGACUCUGACGGAGCUCCUCAAUGUUCAUUUGUGUUUACUGUGGAGGGUACACCACAAGUGAAGCAUGUUGUGGAGUGAUUACAUACCCCUCUAAAAAAAACUGUUGCAUCUAUCGACCCAAUGUCGAUGCCGAUGAGUGAUGUGCAGAACAUUGUCAAGCAAGCACCGACCUGUGACAGAAACGUCAGAAACGGGAAGACUAGUCGAGGAAGUCCUGUGCCACUGACAAAUACGGGAGAAAUUGUUAGCAAAUAUUCUUGCAAUGAAGAAAGUGCAUGCAAACAUCUCAAAAGGUAAACUUGUGGAAAAUCUGACCUAGGUCAACUCUUUCAACAACACUAUAAUAUUUCCGCAUACUGCUCCGAUGUGGCGAGGUAAUGCUCCUGGCUAUAAACAAUCUCGGCAACUGAAGCAGGAAAUCCUUCACGAAGAAAAAUUACUCCAAGCAAGCACAGUUUGUGAGGGAAUACACAUUUGCAUGAAUGAAGAAAUAGUAACAACGAGUGACACCAUCAUUCAACAAUAGAGCAAUCCAAUCCAGUAAAGGCUACUAAAAUAACGAUGCAACGAUGUGCUUACCGACACAACAAGCCCAAACCUGGCCGAAUAGUAUACAACGGAAAGCUUAUUCAAAAAUUUAAGAUAUAUAUAUAUAUAUAUAUAUAUAUAUUUUACUAUGUUUUAAAAUAAUAUAAAAUUUUAGAAAAUAAGGAAUGGACAUGCCAAACCAAGGUGGCCCAGGAUUCUAUGAUCUUGCCACAAAAGUUGGACAACAUGAAAUUAUUGGAUCUUGCAUUUGUUCUUUUGGCUAAACUUUUCAUUUGAGGUUUGUUGCUUGACUCAACACCUUGGCAAGAGCUCAUUAAGCAUCAUCUCACCUUAUUUCAUCCCAAAGGUGGAAGUCGUCUCUCCACAUAUU